AUGGAUAUUGACCUUCCCGAUAAGGGGCAAAACUCUGUCCCCCAAGUCUCGGGUAGCUUGGAGGACUUGCCCGAAGAAAUACUCGAAAUAUUACGCCUCCAGAAAUCGCCGCAAUUCCUCGAAGUCCUGGCGACAGCGGCUCUCAAGCCAAAGCUUACAAUCGAGCUUUUCAUACGAUUCCAUUCGGUUUUUGCAGAUUGCUGUGCUAGAUGGAUAUCAAACUGCGAAGCGGGAAAACAAAAUAAUGAGAUAAUCGAAGCUUUUGCACGAAUCCUACCUCUUGCGCCCCACCUAGUAACUUAUCUCGACAAGUACCUCAGAGACACCUCGACAACUAUCGGAUCGGCGCCCGAUACUGAUGGUAUACACUCCCUGUCGGCUGGAAAUGCUUCAGGGACAGAAUUGUCUGCUUUGCAGACGCUGAGAGUUCUCCUGGCAACCUUCAGAUUGUUGAACUUCGACAGAUACAAGUUCUUGCGGAAAAUUUCAGGCGCAAGAAUUCAAUCCUUAUUUCACCAUGGCGACCGAGCUGUGCAAUACCUUGCCGUGCGAGUUUUCUGUCAACUCCUCUCUGCGUCAGAUUCAAAACUGGAAGCCAUGAUAAAUCAGCAUGUUGGAGAAGAUGCUGUUAUGGGCGAUUGUGACGGCGACACGGUCGACUAUGGUUUCCUCGGACUUUUUGAAGCGAAGAUGUUGAAAGAUGCCCAAAACUCUGUGUCGAAUGCCCCACAAGAUACACCACAUACUGUCUUAACUCUGCAUUCAAAAUCGCUUUCUCCAUUAGUGGUACGUUACGGAAGUGUACUGCUCCCUCGACCAAACGGGCCUCCUUCGCAGCCUACUUCUCUUGUCCAGACAGCAACUACUUCUAAGAAUAUGGAAUGUUUUGCGACUUCAUUGCUUUCUUCAUCGCCUAUCCUCCUCCAUGGACUGGCAGGUUCUGGGAAAACAUCAUUGGUGACUGAUUUUGCCCGAGAGCUUGGCGUGGAGUCAACUAUGGUCUCUCUUCACCUGAACGAACAGACUGAUGCAAAGAUGCUUAUUGGCAUGUAUGCGACUGGAUCAACACCUGGCUCAUUUACCUGGCGAGCUGGCGUCCUAACAACUGCUGUACGAGAAGGUCGAUGGGUGUUUAUCGAAGACCUCGACCGGGCACCAAACGAAGUCAUUAGUGUGAUUCUUCCACUGAUCGAACGUGGAGAGCUACUCAUUCCUAGCCGCGGCGAGACAAUAAAAGCUGGGCCGGGGUUUAGGCUCCUUGCCAGUAUUCGAACCUCCCUCAGCGUUACUGGGCAAGAGAAUGCACCAGCUUUACAUAUGCUCGGAGCGCGGCUUUGGCAGCGAGUUCCAGUUCAGAUGCCAUCUCAAGAUGAAUUUAGAGAGAUAAUCGCUGGUUCCCAUCCAAUUCUUGAUAGAUUCUUGCCAGGAAUCAUCAGCGUUUACGAGCGGCUAUACACAUUAUCCCAGAAGCCAGCUUUUGCGUCACGAAGUCGAACAUCGCUAGGUCGGCCAAUUAGUCCGCGAGACCUACUAAAGUGGUGUAGGAGACUGGAUAAUGUUCUGCUUGAGGCAGGGUCGAAAACCGGAAACGAGCCAAUUACCGAAUCUAAUAAGUAUGACAUGUUCUUGGAAGCCUCUGAUUGCUUUGCAGGGAGCUUGCAAACAGAAGAAGCACGAAAAGCGGUUGUUAUGUGUAUCGCGGAGGAGAUGUACAUCGACCCUCAACGAGUAGAGCAUUACCUCACAGCUCAUGUUCCACGGUACGACGCUACCGAGUCUCAUUUGAACAUUGGGCGAGCCCACCUACCAAAACGAAAUAUUUCUCGAGCCAAAUCAUCGGGCAAGCCAAGACCAUUUGCCAAAACAGCGCACGCCAAACGGCUGCUAGAGCAAGUAGGCGUGGCAGUCAAGAUGGCUGAGCCAGUGUUACUUGUGGGUGAAACCGGCAUAGGAAAGACUACCGUGGUACAGCAGUUAGCCGACUCCUUAGGGCUGAAGUUGACAGCAGUCAAUUUGUCUCAGCAGAGUGAAGUUGGUGACCUUCUUGGUGGUUUCAAACCAGUCAAUGUCAGAACACUUGCGAUCCCACUCAAAGAUGAAUUUGAUGAAUUAUUUGCAGCUACAGGCAUAUCAGUAUCCAAAAAUCAGAGAUAUAUCGACCAGCUAGGGAAAAGCGUGGCCAAGAGUCAGUGGAGCAAGGCUUCCAAGUUGUGGCAUGAAGCCCCUAAAAUGUUCAAUAAGAUACUAUCCGAACUCCAGAAGAGGGAGUCAAAUACCAGAUCGGAUGCAGAGCAGCCCAUGAAACGUCGCAAGACAGAAUCAAGGGUACAGUCAUUACUCCAUCUCAAACCUCGCUGGGAGAGAUUUUCUGAAAGCCUGGAUCAAUUCGAUGUGCAGCUCUCGGGCGGCUCGAAAGGAUUCGCGUUCACGUUUGUCGAGGGAAAUAUUGUAAAGGCCGCCCGCAAUGGCGAUUGGGUACUACUUGAUGAAAUAAAUCUUGCUUCACCCGACACUUUGGAAAGCAUUGCUGACCUAUUACGGGGUGGGCCGGACGAAAAUCCGUCUAUCUUGCUUUCUGAGACCGGGGAAAUUGAGCGAGUGCAAGCUCAUCCUAAUUUUCGCAUAUUCGGUGCCAUGAAUCCAGCGACAGACGUUGGAAAACGGGACUUACCAAUGGGUCUGCGAUCAAGGUUUACGGAGAUAUACGUCGAGAGCCCGGAUAGAGACCUUGACGACUUGCUGAGUGUCAUAACGACGUAUCUCAGAGGAACCAGCACCAACGACACCCGAGCUGCUCACGAUGUUGCUCGGCUUUACCUGAACACAAAGCGCCUGGCGGAUGAGAAACGCUUGGUCGAUGGAGCCAGUCAGGUCCCCCACUUUAGUCUUCGAACUUUGACUCGUGUUCUUACGUAUGUCAAUGAUAUUGCGCCAUCAUACGGUCUUCGAAGAGCUUUAUACGAAGGCUUUGCCAUGGGAUUCCUCACGCUGCUUAAUAGAGACUCUGAAAAGCUGCUUAUACCUCUAAUCAACCAUCAUUUGCUAGAUACCCACGGAAAUCCACAGUCUCUCCUUGCCCAAACCCCCCGGCAUCCAGACGACGGCAGACAGUACGUUAGAUUCAUGAACAAGAAGAAAGAUCGUCAGUACUGGAUGCUUCAAGGCUCAGAAAUACCGCAAGAACAGCCUCAUUAUAUAAUCACGCCAUUUGUUGAGCGCAACUUGCUUAACCUUGUCCGAGCAACUUCCACACGGCGUUUCCCAGUCCUGGUUCAAGGACCUACUUCUUCUGGCAAAACGAGCAUGAUUGAAUACCUCGCAAAAUUUAGCGGUAAUAAAUUCGUCAGGAUUAACAAUCAUGAGCAUACCGACUUACAGGAAUACUUGGGUACAUACAUCUCCGGUUCUGAUGGUAAACUGCGAUUCCAGGAAGGACUUCUCGUCCAAGCACUUCGUCAAGGCCAUUGGAUUGUGCUUGAUGAACUUAAUUUGGCCCCAACUGAUGUCCUGGAAGCGCUUAAUCGAUUGCUAGACGAUAAUCGCGAACUUUUGAUCCCGGAGACCCAGGAAGUCGUCAGGCCUCACGAAAAUUUUAUGCUCUUUGCCACACAGAACCCACCUGGGUUGUAUGGUGGCCGAAAGACCCUUUCAAGGGCUUUCCGAAAUCGUUUUCUGGAGCUGCACUUUGAUGAUAUACCCGAAGAUGAACUGGAAUUUAUUCUGGAGAAACGAACCCAGAAAGUUGCCCCUUCAGAUUGUCGGAGAAUCGUCACGGUCUACAAAGAGCUGUCUAGAUUACGGCAAUCAAGUCGGCUUUUUGAGCAGAAAGAUAGUUUUGCGACCUUGCGAGAUCUCUUUCGAUGGGCUCUCAGGGAUGCUGAUAAUAGGGAGCAACUUGCUGCGAAUGGGUAUAUGCUCUUGGCAGAGCGAGUCCGGAAUCCCGAGGAAAGGAUUGCCGUCAAGGAGAUCAUUGAAAAGGUCAUGAAAGUCAAGCUCGAUCCAAAUGAUCUCUAUGACGCAACUCACUCCUCUGAGAUUAAGGCAUACGACGCUACGUCAAAUGCACUUGGAGUUGUCUGGACCCAUGCAAUGCGUAGGCUAUACGUCCUAGUUGCACAUGCACUUCAUAAUAAUGAACCCGUUCUCCUGGUUGGCGAGACUGGCUGCGGAAAGACAACUGUGUGUCAAAUGCUUGCAGAUGCGUUGGGGAAAGAUUUGCAUAUUGUCAAUGCACAUCAGAAUACUGAGACGGGAGAUCUUAUCGGGGCACAGCGGCCGGUCAGGAAUCGUGCCGCAAUUCUAGAACAACUGAAGCAGGAUCUUGCUCAGGCUUUCAAUGUUCUGGGCAAGGAUACAGGAGCCAAUCAUGAUAUCGACGUCUUGCUUCCAGCUUAUAGAUCGAUCCCGGCUUCAGAGCUUUCCCAAAUACCAGAAGAACUACGGCACCGAAUUGAGAGUAAUCAAACAAAAUCAAAGGCACUCUUUGAGUGGUCUGAUGGAAGUCUUGUGCAGGCAAUGAAGGAGGGGCAGCUCUUCCUCCUAGAUGAAAUUUCGCUCGCAGAUGACUCUGUCCUUGAGCGGCUUAAUUCGGUGCUAGAGCCGCAACGAACGAUCCUCCUCGCUGAAAAGGGGGUAGACAAUUCGUUCAUUCAGGCGGCAGAUGGUUUCCAGUUUUUUGCGACCAUGAAUCCUGGUGGUGACUAUGGCAAACGAGAAUUGUCUCCUGCGCUCCGAAAUCGUUUCACAGAAAUAUGGGUUCCUUCACUUUCGGAACAUGGAGACGUGCUGCAGAUAGUAGAGGCAAAACUACAGGACCCGCUAAAAACAUUUGCCGACGCUAUGGUUCACUUUGCAGAAUGGUUCGGCCAGAACUAUCGGUCUUCCAGUUCAGCCUCCAUAUCCGUCCGUGACGUCCUAGCUUGGGUCAAUUUCAUGAAUGGAUGCUCUUUUGAUCCAUACCUAGCUGUCCUUCAUGGUGCGGCGAUGGUUUAUAUUGACACUUUGGGUGCUAACCCAUCGGCUCUUUUGGCAAUCAACCCGGAAAGCAUCCAAGCAGAGAGAGCCAAGUGUCUUGAAGAGCUCAGCAACCUUCUACGGCAGGAUAUAAGUCCGAUGUAUUACAGGCCAGUGCCACUAUUCAACACCGACGACAAACUGUCUAUUGGCGACUUUUCAAUAGGCAAGCGAGCUGGCUCAGAUGACGACCAUGGAUUUGCCUUCGAUGCACCAACCACGAAGCUAAAUGGAAUGAGAGUCCUGCGGGCGCUUCAAGUCCAGAAGCCUAUCCUUAUCGAAGGUAGUCCUGGCGUGGGUAAAACCACUCUCAUUUCUGCCCUUGCGCGUGCUUGCAACAUGGCUCUAACCCGAAUCAACCUCUCGGAGCAAACUGAUCUGAUGGAUCUCUUCGGAUCAGAUGUACCUAUGGAAGGCGCAGAAGCAGGCCAUUUCGCGUGGCGGGAUGCACCCUUCCUCCAGGCUAUGCAGAGGGGAGAGUGGGUGCUUCUUGACGAGAUGAAUCUUGCUUCGCAGUCCGUUCUUGAAGGCUUGAACGCCUGCCUCGAUCACCGCGGUGAAGUCUAUAUUUCAGAGCUCGAUCAAACCUUCAAACGCCAUCCUAACUUCACCGUUUUCGCAGCUCAAAAUCCCCAUCACCAAGGAGGUGGUAGGAAGGGGCUGCCCAGUUCUUUUGUCAAUCGAUUUUCUGUCGUAUAUGCUGAUGUGUUUAGAGAUGAGGAUAUUCAACUAAUCUGCAGGCAUAGCUUCCCGGAUACCCCACAAGAGGUUUUAACCAAAAUUGCCAUUUUCGUUGAGCAAGUCGAGCAAGAAGUUGUCCAUAAACGAAAAUUUGGCUCUCAAGGUGGACCAUGGGAGUUCAACUUACGUGAUAUUCUCCGAUGGCUCCAGCUACUAUCCUCUUCAGCGCCGCUCCUGGCAGCUGCCACGCCAUCAUACUUCUUCAAUUUGAUAUUUCGACAGCGGUUUAGAUCAGCUCGGGACCGGCUCGAUAUCGACAAGAUCUUUGCAACCGUUUUCGGUGUCGAUACCCCUUCCCACCACCUCUUCUUUAAUAUCAGCCCCGCCGCUUAUCAGGUCGGUGUAGCCUACAUGCAGAGGGAUCCGCUUCUACAAAGGCUACAAUUUCCUACCUUCAACCCCACCAAUCGAUUAGCUGAGGUGGAAUCUGUCAUGAUAUGCAUUCAACAGAACCUACCCUGCAUUCUUGCAGGCCCGUCCGGAUCUGGGAAGACGACACUGAUACAGCAUGUUGCCGCAGCAAGUGGCAAAUCGCUAAUUGUUUUCCCUCUUAAUGCUGACAUAGAUACCAUGGACCUUGUCGGCGGGUUCGAACAAGUUGAUCCCCAGCGAGCUGCAAGUGCCUUCCUCCAACAAUUGACAGAUUUCCUUAGCAAGAUGAUUCUGGCGUCCUUGCCAGCUGAGGUCCCAGAGGAAGCAAUGGCUGUGUUAGGGUUGUUGAAAGAUGCCAAUGCAUCUUCGCCGUCGUAUUUCUCUAGCCUAAGUCUUCAUCUUGACACCCUCGAGACCAAGACAUCACUGGCAGAAUUUGGAAAUUUGGCGAACAUUUGCCAAAAGUUUGCCAAUAGUUCUAUGGCACUUGAGAAUGCACGGUUUGAGUGGGUUGAUGGUGUUUUAGUGAAAGCAUUAGAGCAAGGUGAUUGGCUUGUUUUGGACAAUGCCAAUCUCUGUAGUUCCUCUGUCCUGGACCGACUCAAUUCUUUGCUCGAACCAAACGGAGUCAUGAGUAUUAACGAGCACUGUGGUCCUGAUGGCGAGCCGAAAGUCGUUCGUCCUCACCCAGAAUUCAGGAUCUUUCUGACUAUGGAUCCACGAUUUGGUGAGCUAUCAAGGGCGAUGAGGAAUCGUGCCAUUGAAAUUUUUCUCGAGCCACUACCAGCAGAUGUUCAUACCCAUCUUUCAAUUUCAAGGUCAGAAGCAGCGUUGCAGCGAUACCAAGCAAUAUCUAGAGCACUCGAUACCGAUACCUCAACAUUGAACGAAACCACGUGGUUAUACCAGGUCGCUCUGGACAAUUUGGCUUGGGCAGAUAUGGCAAUGCUUUCACGAUUCGUCGAACAGAGCCAACGACUGUCCCUAGCAGAUCCCAAAUUCCUAGCUACAUGUCAAAAUUAUCUGCAACUCUAUCAAUCGACCGACAAUCACGAUGUUCGGGAAGCUAUUGGAAAUAUGUUAAAUAAAGUUGCUCAGAAGACCACGUUGGCACCAGGCUUCAGAGACGCACAGAUUAUCCACCCUCUUCAGAACUCGCCAUUGGUUCCGUUGCUGCAGCAAUCUAGUGGCCCAACAACUGGUUACUGGCUUGCGGCCUGCGUAGAGUUCACCAUAGAAAUCACCAAUGCGAUGAAUGCGCAAAGCGGUCAAGCGAGUGGGAUUGAGACUCUCAAACCAAGCAAGAUGAAUCGCCUCCAGAGAUCUCUAGUUCGAGGGCGUGUGGCUGCCACUGCGAAAGACUCCACGACAAAUAUCGAUGCCUUUCUCACUGCGCUUUUGCUGCGAUUAAAGGGGUUUCUCCACUCUAGCCUCCAUAGCGAUAACGACGGGCAGUGGAAAAUGCACAAGAAGGCAGUCUCUUCACUUUUGCAGUACUGGUGGGAUACUUACCACCUCGCCACGUCAACAACAUUCGAGGAAGCCACUUUCCAGGCUCAUCUGGCCAUCGGCACGGAUAUUCUCAAAGGCCUUUCGAAACAUGCUGCCCUGCACACCGGACAAGAAUCAAUCGCCCGAGAAGUUCUUGAGAGCCUCAAAACAAAUUUUAGUUCCGGUUUCCAGUUGACGACUGGGCUUAGCAUGGAGGUUCUGUGGAGACAUCUCAGACCAGCUGUCAUUCCAAAUUGCCAAGUCAUGGAGACGUUGGAUCAAAUGCAAAGACUAGCACAGCUCUUUGAUACUCUAAAGUGGAAGACCUCUAUAUCAAUUCGGGAACUCGGCGGCAUUAUGAAAUCCCUGAUCAAAGCAUAUCGUCUUGUUCUCACACCAGACAUUGACGGCCGGAGCCUCGUUCAGAGUUUAAGUACGGAACUUGAAAAUUUGGAGAUAAGCAUUGGUAAGGAGGAAAGUGGAAUUUCGCCUUUUCUUGCCUCUCAAUUCGAAGUAUUGAGACAGUCCAACACAUUGGAACUACUCCGAUCUGGGAGAUCUGAGGAUUUUGAUGUCGAUGUGGAUACUGUCGUUCUUGCAAACCAUCCCACGGCGCCUCAGCUGCGCCUCUCUACCUCGACUGAAAGUUCGCUCCUUUUACAAUCCGUUGAUGAUCUGCUGGGAAGUGCGGGGAACUUAGAGGCCAUUUUAGGGACGUACCCGGCGUCGCUACUCCAGAAGUUGCAUGGAAUCGAAAGCGUUGGCAUGAAGUCUCUGAAGUUGCUAGAGUCAGAACUGCCUUCCAUGGGUAACAGCCUUGCAAAAUCGAGUGCAACACUUUGCCGUGCUCAAUUGCUGGACUUGAAUGUCAUUUUAUCCCGCCUCAUUUCCGAGGCAAUAUCAGCACAUGGUGAGAACUUUGGACGAGAAUAUGAAGCUUGGAGCAACACGAUUAGCGCUACUACAGAUCUAGAGAGUCUCGGUCUUCCAAGAAUUAAUGAGACGGUUGCACGCCAGCAACAAUCCAUUGUGGUUGCCCCCGAUAUCCCACAACACCUCCGAGAAGUCAUAUCAAACAACUUUGUGGGAGCAUCAGUUGCUGCUGUUGCUGCCAGGAGCCAUAUCGAGAAUUGCCUCGAAUUUUCAGCUAUGGCAUGGGUGCAAUUCGCCAUUGGAUGUAUCACCCUAUAUGUUCCAAAUCGAUCCUUUGACCCGGACAAGAGACAGCGGCUUGAACGAAAGCGACACCAAGAAACUCGAGAUAUCCUUGACGACAAAAUAUCUGCUCUCAGGCAAUUUGAGCGUCUCUUCACAGGCCAAGAAUCUAAUCUCAGAAUCCAGCUGUUGGAAACAGAGAUUAAAGAAUAUGGGGAACCACCUGCGAUAUUGCAAGAAGUCUAUCGGCCCCAGCACUCAGAACUGGAUCAACUUCAAGGGGAAUUCAACAACCUCCUGAAAAUUGUUACGCGAUCGCAGAUACCCGCGACACUUUUGGCGUAUUUCCAGAAGAAAAACGAGAAUAACUUGCAAGAAAUCCGGUUGGUGCAGAGCAAUGUCACUCAGAUAAUACGUCGACUAUCGGAGAGGUUCCGAGCCUAUAAUGAUAUAACUGCACCCGUCAUUAGCAUGCUUCGCUCGAUGCAGAUUGGGCUCUCAUUGGCCGCUCUGGCAUCAGUCCAGCCAUCGUCCAAUAGCAGAGUUUCCGCUGAACUUAUGGCCAUGACUCCUUUCCUCGGAGGUGGGCCUAUGCUCGCCAAGAAGAAUAUCAUAUCCGACCAUCCCUUAGAGUAUAUGGCACUGGCCACUGCCGAUGUUGCCGCCGAACGUCUUACUUCAUUUAGUCCACAACAACGUGAAUUACUUCUUGAAGCCUUUCAUGGUUGUUAUGACCAGUGGACUAAACGACUAGAAUCUGAUCGGCUCGAGGCUGAGUCUAAGACAGGCUUGUAUCGCUUCAAAGGUAGCGCGGAGGACGAAGAGGAGGAAGAUGCAGAGCAGUUUAACGAGCUGUUUCCAGCUUACGAUGACGAGUCUAAUGGUGAGCGAAAUGUCAACGUGACAUCAACAACGGCCCGAGACACCGCCGUUAGCAUUUCUCGUGUCCAUGAAAAAAUAUUUUUAGGAGGUAUCACGCCGUCUGAAAGUAUACUCUCUCUCAUUCGUCACAUGUCGGGCCGGAUUGCUAUUCUUCACGACGGUCCUCGUUUCGGUGGACAUAACAUGACUGCUGCUAUCCUCCCAGGUAGUAUGCUACUCCUCGACGAUCAUACCAACGCUCUUACUGCAACCACCACCAUUCCGGAAUCGUAUAAUUUCUACACGGAUGCACACCUACCAGAAACUCGGAAACUGGUCACUCUCAUCCAUCAAGUUCAAGAUCGCUUCCAUGAGCUUCAACGGGUCGAUGAAAUUGGUCACAUGCAACCCCUUGAAGAUGUGCUAGUCUCAUGCCGGGAAUUGCUCGAAUUUCACCAUACUGAGCCCCUAGCAAAAAUCAUCACCAAGGUUGAAAAGAUUCACACUUUCAUGCAUGAAUGGCAAUUUGGAGGGUGGGCUAGUCGCGCUAACACUGCCCUCACACUCUACGAUAACUUGACCGCCACAAUUGUCAGCUGGCGACGUUUGGAGCUUUCAACAUGGGCAAAGCUUUUUGAUAUGGAGUCUAAAAAGUGUGAAGAUGAUGCCAGGUCGUGGUGGUUUGUGGCAUACCAAGUCGUCAUUGCAGCGCCCUUGCAGGUUUCUGAAAAUAUCGAAGAACUGAAGAAUUACGCCCAGAAGCUUCUGCAAGAUCUCGAAGUCUAUUUCACCACUGCAAUACUUGGACAAUUCGCGCAACGACUCCAGUUGUUGAAGCAACUGCAAAAGCACCUGCAGCUACUCAUUCAAGAUGUACCUUCAAUGUCAAUCAUACAUGGGGCUCUUUCAAAUUUCAUUUCAUUGUACGCCCGUUACGAGAAACCAGUCAAUGAAAACCUAAAGAGGGGCAGAGUAUCGUUAGAGAAGGCCAUGCGAGACGUUCUUCUCCUAGCGAGCUGGAAAGACACCAAUAUUGUGGCGUUAAGAGACAGCGCGAAAAGAUCUCACCACAAGCUAUUCAAGAUCAUACGCAAGUUUCGGGCUCUUCUCGGGCAGCCGAUGGAAUUCGUUAUCAAGCAAGGAAUCCCGGAUGAGAGCCCUGCUGAAUUGCAAGAUCCAGACCACGCGAGACCGGUACUGAAGCCGACCGUUGAUCAGUCUGCCCUAGCACUAUGUACAGAGCUCGUUCCAAAUUGGUCUCAAAGGAGCAAGAGAUUUGUCAAUGUCUCCAUGACAGUCAAUAGAAUGGCUAUCACCUGUCAGAUCCCCAAGUCUGCGGUUGAUGGGCCCUCUUAUCUCGAUGCAGUACUAGGAAACAUCAUAUCCUCCACCGCCGAACUGCAGAAAGCCACGCCAUCAAUUCUGUCUGAGGAAACUAAAGACACAGUCAAGCAUUUGAAAUCACGGAAGAGGAAGCUUUUCGCUGACACCCUGAAAGAGCUUCGCCAAAUGGGAAUCAAGCAUAAUCUCAGCGCAGAUGCCUUAAGGAAGCAAGAAUCGCUCUCAACUUCCCUUGCAAACUUAGAGGGCAGUACCUCGGAUGUCGAUGUUCCGGGGCUGGAGUAUUACUUCCACAAGUCGAUUGACUUGGCACCUCGCUCUAGGGAAGCAGCCCGGCAGCCCUCGGAAGAUCUAAGCAGCGCUGAGGUCGCCCGAAGCAGUGGCUUCCUAGAAGGAAUACUUCAACUUCUCUUAUCACAACACAAUGUGAUUUCAGCAAAUACUGCGAGGAUGUCCAAGCUCGAGGGCCUAAUAGCUAUGGCCGCCGGACUCUGGGCGCCUGACAAAUACGAAGUUCAACUCCCAAAAUAUUCAUCAAACCAUGAGAAGGUACUUCGGUGGUUGCCACAUAUUUUGAGCGUCGCAUUGGACCUCGUUGCGAUUCAUUCUAAACUAGCAAAGCUUGACUCGAGGGACCUCAGAGAUUCUAUAACUUCAUGGAAGGAUCGAUUUGCAGAGCUUUUACGGAAUCUGGAAAGCUUGUCGCCACUGCCUCCAGAUGUUGUUUCUACCCAGCGCUCUGAAUUAGAGGAUACCAUCACUACUACCACUCAGGAAUUGCGGCUUGAUCUGACACGGAUGACAAACGAACGCCCGGACCUGGCCUUUAUUCUUAAUCAGAUCAUCCCGUGGAGCGAGGUUAUAUCUUCACAAACCACCUCUGCUAGCCCUGAAAAGACAAUUUCUGAUAUGGACAGCCAAUUAUCAAAUACCUGCGACUCCAUCCUUGUUGGAACUGAGAAAUAUAAAACCGCCAUCGAUAGCCUCCCAGCAUCGACUGAGGAUCCGGCUUGGCUAGCGAGGAACGACUCCUCCUUAGCUACUAGCAUCAAGUCCCUUCACUGCGAGAACGUUAUCGCACUGCUUGAUAAAUCGUUCCAGACUCUUACACAGCUUGAUCUAGAAGACUCUUCCAUCAGGAAAGCUGCUAGUGCUAUUUUUGCCGUCGCCGUACCUAUUUUCCAGCAGUAUUUGUCCACCCUUCAACAAGGCUUGAAGCGAUACGCACAGCUACAUCGCGCGACAUGUAAGAUGUAUUACGUCCUUUCCAAGACUUUUAUCCAGAUUGCCACACAAGGCUUCUGCACUCCUUCCGAAAAGUCUGCGGGCGAGGAUGGGACAUCAGAGAAACUUGAAGGGGGCACAGGUCUUGGCGAGGGUGAAGGUGCUGAGGAUAUAAGUAAAGAUAUCCAAGAUGAUGAAAACCUCGAUGAACUAGCACAGGAGCCAAACGAGGGUGAGAAAGGAGAAAUGGAAAAUGAACAAGAUGCUGUUGAUAUGGCGGAUGCAGAUAUGGAGGGCGAGAUGGGUGAGGGCGAAGAGAAAGGCUCAGAUGAUGAGGAUGGUGAAGGAGAAAGUGGCGAUGAUAUGGAUGAGGAAGCUGGAGAUGUAGAUGAUUUAGAUCCUACAGCUGUUGAUGAGAAAAUGUGGGAUGGUGAUGGCGAGGAAGCUGAGAAAGACCAAGAGGGAGAUGAUUCUAAGGGCAAGAAAGACAAGGAUGAGAAUGCUGCUGCCCAAGAUAAUGGCAAACAGGCAGAUGAAGGGGACGAAGGGAAUGAAGAGGAGGUUGAAGAGGAGGUGGCUGGUGCGGAGCAAGGGGAAGAAAUCAAGCAGGAUGAAACGGAGAAACACGAUCCUCACGCUCAAGAAGGCGAAGCUCUUGAUUUGCCUGACGACAUGGAACUAGAUGGCGACAACGAAGAGAAAAGUGAGCAGGGGAGUGACGAUGGAAUGGGCGAUUUGUCUGAUGUUGAACAAAAUGAAAACGAUGAUGAUGUGGCAAAUGAUGGACAGGAAGAGGAAGGUGCAGAAAAUAUGGAUGGUCAAGAAGAUCAAGAUAUUGGCUCAGAUAUGGACGUGGUUGACCUGGACGAAGACACAAAGGAUGAAGGCGAAGAGACUGGGGAAGCCGGUGAGAAGGCGGAUGACGAGCCCGUGGAACAAGAUGAGGAACAAGGGCUCCUUCGUGACAAUACCGAUGAUGCGAACAUGGAUGCAGAUAAUGCGGCCCCGAGCGAUGUUCAGGGAAGUGGCGAAGCUCAAGAAGAGACCUCAAUAGAGAACAAGGCGGAAUCGGCAAGCAAAGCGCAAAGGGAUGAUGGUGGGCAAGGUGGGGAUUCCUCGGAGCAGAGAGAUGCCGCAGCUGAAGAUGGAGAACAAGCCAGACAAGCCAAUGGCGAAGCACCUCAAGACUCUAGGGAUGAUACGCAAGAUACUUCCGCUGCCCAACCCUUCAAAAAGUUAGGUGAAGCACUUGAGAGGUGGCAUCAGCAGCAGUCCAAAAUCCGAGAACAUGCCGAGCAGAAAGAGGAAGCACCAGACCAGCAGGUCGAUAUAAAUGCGGAGAGUUUGGAGUUCCAGCACCUACAAGAUGAAGACGCCCAAGCGGAUACGCAAGCCUUGGGAACCGCUACGGAAGAACAGGCCCACGCCCUUGAUGAAUCUAUGGCUAUUGAUUCGGAGAGUAAGGAUAUGCCUGACCAGUUCCAACCGGAUGAGGUAGAAAAGAGCGAUGUGGAAAUCGACGACGUCAUGGAUGUUGAGGAGCCUUCGACGCCAGAGGACCAAAACACAUCUGAUGCCUAUGAGGGCCGAGCUGGUGCAAUGAUCAAACAAGCGCAAGAAAAGCCCAACGAAAGCCUCGAUGAUCGCCCGACUCAACCUCAACAAGAAUUUGAAGAGGACGUUGAGGAUGUUGACAAUCAACUCGAAAGCACUCAUCUUGAUGAGACGUCCGCGCUCCAAACUCGCUCAGCAGCAGAUGUUCGCCAGCAAUGGACAGAAUAUGAAUCUCUAACUCGCGACCUAUCUCUCUCACUCACUGAACAACUCCGCCUCAUCCUCGCGCCGACUCUUGCAACCAAAAUGAGAGGCGACUUCAGGACCGGCAAGCGCCUCAACAUCAAGCGCAUCAUUCCAUACAUCGCUUCACAAUACAAGCGCGACAAAAUUUGGAUGCGUCGCAGCGUCCCCUCAAAGCGUAGUUAUCAGAUAAUGCUCGCGGUAGACAACAGCAAGAGUAUGGGCGAGAGUGGCAGUGGCUCCCUUGCCCUCGAGACACUUGUCAUGGUAUCAAAGAGUUUAAGCAUGCUUGAAGUGGGCGAAAUAUGCGUCGUCGGUUUUGGUGAUCAGGUCAAGGUCGCACAUGAAUUUGAGACGCCGUUCAGUUCUGAUGCAGGGCCAAGGAUUCUUCAAGAUUUCGCCUUUAACGAGAGCCGAACUGAUGUUACACGACUGGUGAGGGAUAGUAUUGAACUAUUCCGUGCGGCAAGGACGAAGGCUAGUGGAAGCCCCGCAGAUCUUUGGCAGAUGGAGCUCAUCAUAUCAGAUGGAGUCUGCGAUUCAUCUGAACAUGAGCCAAUCCGCCGCCUACUCAGAGAGGCGCUUGAGGAACGUAUUAUGAUGGUGUUCGUUGUUGUGGAUGACGUGCGGACCAAGAAGAAAGGAGAAAGCGUGAUGGAUUUGAAGGAGGCGAAGUUUGUGAAGGAUGAGAAUACAGGGGCGUCGAAUGUCAAGAUCGAGAGGUAUCUGGAUACUUUCCCGUUCCAGUAUUACUUAAUCGUCAGCGAUGUGAAGGAGUUGCCGGGUGUUCUGGCUACGCUUUUGAGGCAGUGGUUUGCGGAGGUGGCGGAUUCUUCUAGUUAG